UGUCCCGCAGUUCUCAGUGACGGCCGACCACCGGGGCGACCAUGGCUGCCGUGCUCGGCAAUAUUACCCAUAAAGUGGUCUCCUCUGCCCUCUCCGUGGGCUCCAAAUGUCUGCUCAAGAACACCGGCUCGGCAUAUUUUGCCAACCCUGUUCGAGGUGGAGCCAAGUGGUACCCUGAUGCAGAAUGGCUGAAACAGUUUUCAGGCCCAGUGAUGGUCCCAUACGAAGGUAUGAAUAUGGAAAUGACGUCGUGGAAUGCCAGGUUAGCACCCGUUGAAAAGAAAGUCCGUAAUGUGACCAUUAACUUUGGACCCCAGCACCCAGCGGCCCACGGAGUGCUGCGGCUAGUGCUGGAGCUAGAUGGUGAGACUGUGGCUCGUGCUGACCCUCACAUAGGAUUGCUGCACCGUGGGACAGAGAAGCUUAUCGAAUACAAGACUUACACACAGGCUCUGCCUUACUUUGAUCGGCUAGACUAUGUAUCUAUGAUGUGCAAUGAACAAGCCUUUGCUCUGGCUGUGGAAAAGCUUUUAGGUUUGGAAGCUCCAAUCAGAGCCAAAUAUAUUCGCACUAUGUUUGGUGAAUUGACACGCAUCUUGAACCACUGCAUGUUCUUGGGAACUCACGCAUUGGAUGUUGGAGCACUAACUCCAUUCCUGUGGCUGUUUGAGGAGCGUGAGAAGAUGAUGGAGUUUUAUGAGCGAGCUUCUGGGGCUCGUCUCCAUGCUGCAUAUGUUCGACCAGGAGGCGUGGCCAUUGACAUCCCUAUUGGCCUGAUGGAUGAUAUCUACGAGUUCAUCAGCAAGUUUGGCGAGCGCCUUGAUGAGGUGGAGGAUGUACUCACUAGCAAUCGUAUUUGGAAACAACGAACAAUUGGUAUUGGAACCGUUUCUGCUGAAGAUGCUCUUAACUAUGGUUUUAGUGGUGUGAUGCUGCGAGGAUCUGGCAUCAAGUGGGAUUUGCGGAAGACUCAGCCUUAUGAUGCGUAUGACCUAGUUGAAUUUGAUGUCCCAGUGGGAAAGAAUGGAGACACGUACGACAGGUACUUGAUACGUGUUGAGGAGAUGCGACAAUCCCUGCGCAUUAUUGAGCAGUGCAUCAACAACAUGCCUCCGGGUGAAAUACGUGUGGAUGAUGCUAAGGUUGCUCCACCAUCAAGGGCUGAAAUGAAGACUUCAAUGGAGGCACUUAUUCAUCACUUCAAGGUGUUCACUCAGGGCUACCAAGUCCCUCCCGGUGCCACCUUCACAGUUGUUGAAGCUCCAAAGGGUGAAUUUGGCGUCUACCUGGUUUCUGAUGGAUCAUCAAAACCCUACAGAUGCAAGAUCAAAGCACCAGGCUUUGCUCAUCUAGCUGGAUGUGAUAUGGUUGGGAAAAACCAUAUGUUGGCUGAUAUUGUGGCCAUCAUUGGUACUCUGGAUAUUGUAUUCGGAGAAGUUGAUCGUUAAAGAGAAUAUAUUUGCUAAAUUGGUAGUGACGUAACUAUAAUUUAUGAACCAAUGAUAAAACUUGAGUGCUAGUUAUGAUUUAGACAUUGAGAAAUUUCACAAUUAGUAUGAAAAUUUAUGGAUAGCUUUACCUGAACGUAACAUAAGCUAGUUUCAGAUGUACAGUUAUUUUACAUUAAUGUUCAUGUAUGUACAUAUUUUGAAUGAAAAGUUCCAAGACAUGUAAUAAAAGGUAAAACAAUGAUA